AUGGCUUUCUCAAACAAAUGCCAAGCCUCCCUCCUUAUUCUUUUGGCAAUUUGGGCCAUUCCUGCACUAUGCCGUUUUCUAAGUGAGGAAUAUGUCCUACAGAGCCAUGAGGAAUGGAUGGCUCUCCAUGAACGCGUCUAUGAAACUGCAGAAGAGAAGGAGAGACGCUAUGACAUUUUCAAAAACAACUUUGCACAUGUUGAAAAGGUUAACAAUGGUGUGGACCGUGGAUUCAAGCUAGCUAUUAAUAAAUUUGCAGACCUUACUGAUGAUGAAUUUCGUAGUUUGUUCACUGGUUAUAAGAGGGAAACCUCUAAAACAAAAACCAAACCAGAAACCAAAUCUUUUCUCCAUGGAAACUUUACUGACGUUCCAACUUAUAUGAAUUGGAGAGAAAAAGGGGCUGUCACCCUUGUCAAGAACCAAGGUAAUUGUGGUUGUUGUUGGGCGUUUUCAGCGGUGGCAGCCGUGGAAGGAAUAAACCAAAUCAAAACUGGAAAGUUAAUAUCAUUAUCAGAGCAAGAACUUUUGAGCUGUGAUACUCAAUAUAACAAAGGUUGUCUAGGUGGUUCCAUGGAGAACGCCUUUGAUUUCAUGGUAAGCAAUGGUGGCUUAACAACGGAGGAUGAUUAUCCCUAUGAGGAAAGGCAACAAACUUGCAAAACUGAUAAGGCAGCAAGACAUGCAGUCCCGAUAACUGGGUUCGAUUUGGUGUCAUCUUAUGACGAGGAGGCCUUGUUGCAAGCUGUGGCAAAUCAACCAGUUUGUGUUGCGAUCGAGGGUAGUGGCAGAGAUUUUCGGUUUUAUAAAAGCGGUGUGUUCAAAGGGAAUUGUGGCACAAAUUUAGACCAUGGGGUUACAGCCAUUGGGUAUGGUACUGAAUCUGAUGGCACAAAGUACUGGCUGGUGAAGAAUUCUUGGGGUACUGAAUGGGGCGAGGAUGGGUUUAUGAGGAUUCAGAGAGAUGUUGAAGCUGAGGAAGGCCUUUGUGGCCUUGCCAUUGCACCUUCUUAUCCAUCUCAGUAA